CGUCAUCCGGGUGCGACGCGGGCUCGACGUCAACAUAACCCGAUUGCAUGCUUUGUUGUGUCGUCGAAGCGCCCGUUGACAAAAGGCUGUCUGACAAGUGUGGGAUACUCAGCUGAGCGCCCGGGGGCGUCUAGGCAUACUGGGAUCUUGAUCGCGGGAACAAAGCUACAGCCCCGGGCUCAGUUUAUCUCCCCGAUCACAAAAUGGGGAAUCAGUGUGAAGGCCGUCAUGCGAUACUGGAUUGAUUCGAGGAGUAUAUUUCAAGAUGCAUCUGUGGUGGUUUGAAGCAUUUGGUGACUCUGUAUAUCGCAAAUCUAAAACGCUUGUCGUCAGGAAUGAUCGUUCAAACUUCAAAGAGCAGUAAGUCUUUGUUCGAAUUUUGCCUUAUGAGAAGGCAACAUUUGGGACUUUUCUCAUGAAGGUGAAAACCACGAGGCAGCAGCAGCGCCAAUCUCCGAUUGGCAGGGUCUUGCUUUGUUCUGGACGGUGUUUAUUAGAGGCCUCGAGGGAUGUCGUGUCCUCGACCCCACGCCCGUGUCCACUACCUCCCUCACUAUGACGCGCCUCUGGCAGAAAUUGGAAGCACAGGACCCGAGCGAUGAGCUAGUCAAGUGGCCAAUCUUUGUGACCGUGGUCAAUCCUGAUCCUAAGGUCAUCAAUCGACUAUUCCUAUCAAUGCAGAGUUUCUUCGAGAGCGAGCACCUGGAGGACUCCAAAUGGGUGAUCAUCACCUCCUCGCGGGACAUACACGACGGACCCGACGGGCCCCCGCCCGCGACCACAGAGCCGUGGACCGCGGGCCAGCGCAACGACUUCGCGGGGAUGUCGAUGGAGGCGCUGAACCACUGGACGUGGAUCCACAUGGACGCGCUCGACGACCGGGACCUGUUCUUCGAGGACUGGGCCGUGAUCGACCAGACCGCCUACGACACCGGCACGGUCGUCAUCGUCAAGCGCUGGUUCGGCCCGAGCAGAGAGAUCAUGGAGUCGGACCCCUCAGUCGAUUUCGAGAUGACCGACGAGGAGCUGAUGGAGCUUUCGGCGCACACCGAGGAAUACGUCGGGCUGCGGAUGCCGCCGGAGCAGGCAUACAUGGCCUUUGGACCCGAGAGCGGCAGAAAGUCGAGCGACUAUUGGUGCGGACUCCGGGAUACGCUGGAACCGGAUGGGACGACCGAAAUACUCGAUGGGGCAUAUCGCCUGGACGGGAAUCCCAAGCGGCCCGAGAGACGUUCAAUUGCGUUUGAAGCGUGGAGAAGUCAGGGAUAUAUUGAUUAAAUGCAGUGAUUCAGGUUCAAAAGCUCGUGCUCUGUAAU